AUGUACAGUUCGUUGUUAUUGGUCUGGAUUUCCUAUGCCUCAGUUACCGUGUGGCAUGAUCUGGACGCUAUCAUACAAUGUCUUGUUGUUGUCAUUGGAGUAGCAAUUCUCGCUAUGGGACUUCACCAAGCUGAGAAGAGGCAGCAAGGUGUACCUUUUCGCACAAGGGAGAGAAUCUCUACGGUGGAGGAAGGCAAGGCGUACUCCGAUGGCGAUGAUCCUGACAACGGCGGCACAAGCAAUUUAUUUGACUGGAAACCUGCAAACGGUCAAUUGUACGGCCUAGCAUGUCCCACGACGACUUCGGUCGAACAGUCAGUGUCUGACAAUGGGCCAUACGAGGACCGCGGAAGCAGUCCUGAACCAGAACCCUGGAAUGGUACUGUUGGGUUUCAGUAUUCGGGAUGA